AUGAGUGAAACACGAGAAUCUAAUGAAAGUACAGUUUCGUCUUUACAAACCAAACUUUUGCUCAAUGACGGAAUAUCCGAAAACAACAAGAAAAAUGUUAUACUGCUGAAUCAAAUAGUGCCGUUUAUUCUGAAUACUUCACAUUAUAUGACGGAUCUAAUGUAUGUCUUGUAUUAUCUGGCUCAAAAGCAGGAAGACGAAGUAUUAAACCAUUCUGGCACAUUUAUUUCACACAAAAAAGAACUCCUUGCACUAAAGAGUGAUAUUUGUGAACUAAUUUACGAUUUAAGGACAGGAUUCCGCUUAUUAUUGGAUAGUUGUGAGUUAGAUCACUUUGAAACUCCUGGAAAAUGCCGGCAUUUGAUCGAGAAGGUUCUAGUCACCUCCAUUUAUGGAGUGAACAGGUAUAUUUUCCAGGAAUUAAACAGAUUAAAUGUCGAUUUUAAAGAUGAAUUUAUAUUACAAAUGCAAAAUUGUUUAUCAGGAUUCGUUAAUCUCUACAAAUUUUUGAACAAGAUCCCUAUGAGUAAACAACAGUCACAGAUGAACGAUUUACAGAUGAAGAUCUUAGUUAAUGUGUUACAGAAUGAAUUGUUACCCAUUUGGAAGUUUCAGUUAGAUCUUUUGAAUUGUAAACUAUUUAACGAGCUCUCUAAGGAUAAGGGCCUGAUUAAUAUAUAUAGAAAAGCUACGAACGAUAGUGUUAUUGAUGUUAGCAAGGGUGAACCAUUCAUCAGAUAUGUUAAUUGGCUAAAGGACCAAAUUAUUGGUGAAAUGACGGUUUAA